UCAACCAAUCAGAGAGCUCGUUACAAACGUUACCGCCAUAUUUCUAUGCAUGUGAAAGGAGAAGUUAUGUAUGAACAUUUGGUCUCAUUAUUGUCCGAAUUAAUUGAAAGGAAACUCUGGUGGGAAGUCUGAUCACUCUAGAUGUGCCAUGCCAAGUCAUGACCCUGUUUCUCCAAAAGAGGAGGGCUCCAACCAUUCUAAAUGUGGUGAAAAGCCUCAAGAGGGACAAGUUGGGAUCACCACAAAACAUGCUCUGUUAACAUUCUAUGAGGAACUGCUAAAUGAAGUACAGUUUGCAGAAAAUGCACUUCGAUCACGGAAAAUCUCAGAACAACUUCACUGUUUCAACCAUAAAUAUGUGAAGUCAGUUUUGCAUUGGACAAGUUUUCUGAUCCUAUUUAUUCUCGCAAUCUUCUUACUUUUGGCUUACGAGUACCGAUACCAAGACGACCGAGAUAAACCUGUAUAUCAAAGUCGUUGGUGGCUAGUGGAGGCCAUCUUAAUAAUCUUCAGCCUGAUCUUCAAUGGCUAUUUAGUAUGCUGGAAUCAAACUUUAGUGUUAAGAGAGCCCAUCCGGCUUGCUCAAGAAGCUCUGCUCAAGAUACGAGAAAAUUUAGUGGAUGGAAUAUGGGAUUCUCAAGAUUAUUUACACAAGAACAAUCCCCAGUCUCCCUGCAUAUCCACACAGUGGACAUACCGGGAUGGUGUAUUAGUAGAUUUACCCAUCAUCUUGAUGGUCAAAGGUGAUGUUAUUCUUUUAAGACCCGGUCAUACUGUUCCAGUGCAGUGCCAAGAGCUGAAGAUUGAUGAUGGUGGUGAAGAAGGCGCAAUUCUUUUUGAAGGAGAUUGUUAUACACCUGAUCAAGCAGCUCCUGUGGAGCAGUAUGGCUUACCUCAGGGCCGUGUACCACUGGAACCCCAAAAAUUCACAGUUCUAAAAACACCCUUUGUUGAAAACUUCAGAAUCUUGUUAGACAAAACAAGAAGACAUCCUGCUAGCAUCAUUGAUUCCAUGCGGUACCAAAUAUACAGUGUUAUCUUGGAAAGGACUGUCCUUCCUGUGCUUCUGAUUGGAGUUCUCAUUGCCAAUGUGUUGCGAUACAUCUACAUCAAAGGAUUUAUGGGACACUGGACAGAGAUGUUCUUAGUUUUGCCUGUACACACUGUACUUCCAUUGGUUCCCAUGGUGUUUCCAUUAUUUUGGAAACUAAUUAACUUUUAUGGGCAAGCAAGAUUGUUUGUUGCCUAUGAAGUCUCCAAAGAAAUUAAGCCUUCUGUUUCUGAGGAGAGUUUUGAUAGUGACAGUAUCAUAUCAGAGGAUGAAGCCCGAGUUAAUUUGCCUUUGAAGAGAGUUCUACACUGGUUGAAAGUAAUAGCAACUGGUAAUUCACCUGUUGCCACCUAUAAUAUCAACCUCAUGCAUAUAUUAGGGAGUGUGACUACUCUAUGUUGUGUGGAUAAGAAAGGCAUUCUGUCUUGGCCAAAUCCUUCUGCUGAAAAAGUCUUCUUCUUUUCUGAUAUUCAACAAUCAACUGAGAACAACAGCCCCCAUGAUUCUUUAUAUUCUUACUCUGAAGACUUCACAGGAUCUCAACACCAACCAGACCCUGGCAGCACACCUGACUGCACAUGUUUUCAUAAAGAAAAUACCACAGAGCCAAUUCAUGUUCCUAAAACCAGCUGUCAUGUUGAAGUUUUGGAUUUAACUCAUGAUUCAAAGGUAAAUAUCAAACAAUCAUUUUGGGGAUUAAAUAUCUUAGCUAACACCUGUAAUACAAGUAUUGCUACUUGGUAUUCUCAGUUCACUGACCAUGUAGCAACUGCUGCUCUGGAAAAUGAGGGCACUGUUGCAGUACUAAAUAGAAGAUGCUUAUGUGAGUUAGCAAGACAGAUUGGGUUCUCCAACAAUGCCCUUGAUAUAUUUUCUAAAAAGCAGAUUAUUGGUGUCUAUAGACAGGUGCUUGAAGAGAGAGCUGCUAAAGAGAGGCUGCAGAGAGCUCGAUCAAAUGUACAUCAUAAAAUUCCAAUGCCAAAUAUGGUCUCAAUUGUUGUGAAAGAAAAAAAUUCUGGUAUGUUCCAGCUUUUAUGUCAAGGUACAGCCGAUUUGAUACUAGACUGCUGCACUGAUUUCUGGAAUGGAAAAGAUUUGUGUACUCUUACUGAUUCUGAUAGAAAGAAGGUGUUGGAUUUUUACCACCGAACUAGCAUAGCUUCAUAUUGUACAGCAUUUUCUUAUCGCCCACUCACUACUCAACUGACAUCACCAUUAAAAGACCUGUAUAUUGAACUACCUGCUGAUUCUUCUUUUAUGUGCCAAAUACAAAACCCUUCAUCCAGAAGAAAUGAGUGUCUGAAACUAGACAGUGGUAAGUUGACAAAACAGCAUUGGUGCUUUAGUGCAGACUCCCUAGUAACAGAUGAUGGACCAAGCCCUCAAGAUAAUGUCCCAGCUUGUUUCCAGAUGCAGUGCAGCCAAAUUUUUAUGGGUAUGGUUGCCAUGCAAUAUCAAGCUAGAAUGGAGUUUGUGCAAAUGAUUGAUAAACUUGAAACUGCGUUCAUAAGAUUUGUGCAUUUUUCAAAUGAAAAUGAACUCAGAAGUAGGGUAUUUUCAGAGAAAAUGGGUUUAGAAGCUGGCUGGAAUUGUCAUAUUUCUUUAGCAUCACCACUAAAAUCUGAGGAAAUAUUCAUGCCAGGGACAUCUCAGGGAGAAUUAUCUCAUCGUACAUCAAAAUAUUCCAGUCGAGUCUCAAAUGAUACAAUAGGGCGGGACUCUCAUGGUUUGAAUACUAAACUAAAGCAUUACCAACAACAGCAGAACUUGCCCUUCAAGCAAAAUCUUGGCAGUGGAAUGCACGGUCGAAGUUUCAGUGCACCUAGUGUUAUCAACCUCGACAUGUACCUCGUCAAAUUUGAUGAUAGUUCUUCUACCAUUCAAACCAACUGCGAUACCACAUUUUGUACUAAUCCUGAAUUUCAAAAAGAAAUGGAAAAUGUUGAAAAAGAUAGUCUCCUCAGGGACCCUUUAAAUGACUCAGGUGAACUGUUGACUUCACAGACCAGUGCAACAUCUUCUGACGAAUAUAAUAGUGAGGAUGACCACUGUUCUGAAAGUCAUCUAACGUCUAGUUGUGUUACUGAUAACACAGAAUUCAGCUUGCCAGGAGUUCUAGAUAACCGGGCCCAACUUCCAAGAGGUAUUGAAAAUAUUCGGCCCCAUCUUGAAAAAGUGGACAAUGUGCCUUUACUUGUAAAUCUUUUUACAGAUUGUACUCCAGAAAGUAUUACAUUGAAAACUAUUAAAUUAGGAAGUAUUAAUCUGAAUGCUAGAAGAUUGGCUAUAGAGCCUCUAUAUCCACAACUCUGCCGUAAUGAGCCUCAAAAUGUAGAACUGAAACCAGUCCACACUCAUUUAACCCCUUUACAUCUUGCUAGUUCGUUGAUGUCCAGCCCUUGUCCAUUGCUGUUUAGGAAUUAUGAAAAUAUCAGUCUCAUUCAACUUAUUGCUGAGGCUCGUAAUCAUGUUAUAUCAAUGGGAAACUGCUUCCAAUUCAUGCUGUGCUGCCACCUGUCUUUGAGUCUUGUACAAGUGAUGGCUACAUUGUUCCUUCUACCACCACCAAUCAGUGGGCAUCAAAUUUUGUGGCUCAUCUUCAUCGUUGUACCACUGCUCAGUCUGGGUCUGAUGGGCAAUCCUGUUGACCCUCGUAACAUGACUUUAGCUACUGUUAAGAGCUGUGAUCAUAUCAACAAACAAAUGCUGCUGCACUUCAUGCUGUCCUUCAUAUUUAGAUUUGUUCCUCCUGUAACAGUGGCACUCAUUAGUUUUGCUUUGAUCCUCUACUUUAUCUGUGAUAGAGCAGAAGGGAUUUGUUAUCCUUUUGAUUUAAACCCUGAAAAUAAGGGUGCUACAGUAGGAAUCUGGAGUACUUGGUAUGAAGAAAACUCUGCAGGUUUUACAGCUGCUCAGAAUAUUGUUUUAAUUCAGCUGGUGCUUUAUUUUGUUGCCUCUCUUGAAGUGUUCAUAUCUGGAAGUUUUGUCCAUCGGUCAGAACAUGUAUGGAAGGAGCCACCUUAUACCAACAGUCUGUGGGCCAGUAUUGUUAUUACAAUCUUGGUUUUUCAGGUGAUAUUCUUCCUUUGUGACAUUGCAAUAUAUGAAGGAUUCAGUAGAGCGUGGCUGUCCUAUGUCCAUCCGGCCAUCUGGGUGAUCUUGCUUAUAUGGCCUAUUGUCACUCUAGCAUUCAGUGAAUUGGUAAAGCAUUAUGAAAUAAAACUUAAUGUGAGAUAUCAGAAGCGAGCUCACCUAGCAUUUGAAACUAAACUUGGAAUGAAUUCUCCGUUUUGAACUCUUCAAAUCAAACAUUUGGUAUGAAGAAAUUUCAAAUGGAGACAGUAAAGCUCUAAGUAGCUGGUUCUUGUCAAGCACUUUGAUCUAAUCUUGAGAUGCUACAAUAACACAAAGUGCUUGCGUAGGGUGCUUCUGACCGAGCACUUGAUGUAAUUUUGUAACACAUAUACCUGAAGUACCCGUGCAACUGGUUUUUUUCAUCAGACAAUCUACUCGUGUGGUGUUACAGUGAGAAAAAUGUCUGUUGCUGAGUGUAGACUGCAUUCCCCAGUGUACUCUCUUUGUCUCCCACCUAUCCCUGGAAAUCUGAAUUCAAACUGAACAAGAUGAUCAUGUCUUUCUAAUUGCCUUCCUUCCCCCCUCCCCCAUCCCAUCCAUCUCUGUUGGGAUGAGAUGAGAUGUAUACUCCACCGUGACUCAAAUAGCAGAGAUUACCCAAUAAAAAACUGACAGUAUAACAUUUCAAACAAAAUUAAAAAUCAAGAUUAUACAGAUUAUAACAACUUAAGUCUUGCUGGGCAGGUUUUCUGUCACUGAUUUAAAAAAAAAAAAAAGUUGACGAGGCGUUUUAACAUGGGUUUUUAUGUUUCUUCUUCGUUUUUUUUCCCUAACCCCCCACCCACCUUUUAAUUUUGUUAGUAAAAUUUGCUUUCCCUAUUAACCCACCUGGAAAGAAUUAAAAUCACUCCCAUAUUUUGGUUACUGAGUGAGUUAUAAGAGUUAAUAGCUCACUCAGUAAAAAGUGUUGUUUAUAGUAAAACAGUUUGUUUUUUUUUUCAACAUUUAGUAUUAAAAAAAAAAAAAGAACAGCAUUGACAGUAAAGAAAUUUAAUUUCCUAGUGAUAGAUUUUCAUAAUUAUAAUUUUAUAAUCCACAAAAGAAUAUUGUUUAUGAUUGGCAAUUUGUGUAUUCUUUAACCUAAUGCCUACACUUCAUUUUCUUUCUAUUUCAUAUUUUUAAAUUCCACUGACAAAAAUAAAAAGUGAAAUAUAUUGCUUUCGAGCAACUUUUUUUUCUAACAAUAUUCUUUUUGAUAAUUAAUUCAACUUUGUUUUCUCAAGGGAAGAAUAAAUUAUGAUUUCCCCUUCUCAAUAAUUGUCUCCCCCCCACCUUAAUAAAACUUAUAAUUAAUAUUUUUUCACACAUUUGCAAUAUUCUUUGUAAAAUAUUAAAAUCCAAUACUUCAACGUAGAUACCACUUUGUCCUAAAGUAUUUUAUAUACAAAAUUGAGGAGUUAUCUAUAAAAUACAUUGUAAAAUAAUAAAUAUAACAAUAAUAAUAACAAUAAUACAAGGCUUAUUUUUCAAUUUCUUCAGAACUUUAAAUUUUAGAGUUGAUUAGUCAAUAUUUUUUUUUUCUUUCUUGUAUUCAAAUUUCAAAAUUCUUCUCCAAUUUCAAAAUUCCCUUUUCAUCCCUCAGACUUCUAAUUUAUGAAAUGCAGUUCUCCAAUUACAUUUUGGUUUCCAGUAAACAAAGAACAUUUAAUGAAAUGUUGUGUUUACAGAGCAUGUCUAAUUAAUUUGAAAAUGAAAUUCCUCUCCAACUUUGGCUAGCAAGACUUGGGUUCUAUUCAGAAGUGAUUUUGUAUGUACAAAAAUUGAUCAAAAUGAUUCUAAACUGUAAAUAACUUACUUGGAAAAAAAAAAAUCAUGUGGUAAAGCAGAUUUACUCAACUUU